GACAUCACAUUGCCUCCACCUCCCUCCCUGAUAGAAGAGAGAAAGAAGAAGAAGAAGAUUCUAGAAGUCACCAGAGAGAUCACUGAGCUGCUGACAGGAGAGGUGAGCGGUGCCGGGAAUUCUGGGACAUUCUCCAGUAAGGAGGAGUGGGAGUAUUUAGAAGGACACAAGGAUCUCUACAAGGACGUCAUGAUGGACAAUCAGCCGCCCCUCACAUCACCGGAUGGAUCCAGUCAUGGGAACCCACCAGAGAGAUGUCCCCGUCCUCUGUAUUCCCGGGAUUCCACACAGGAAGGUCACACCAUCCCUCACCAUCAUCAGAGUGGAAUCCUCGGGGAUGAUAAUAUUGAUGUUAAAGAAGAGUAUAAAGAGGAGGAUGAGGAGUAUGGAGUGAUGGAGGAGUUUUCAGAAGGACACAAGGAUAUGAUGGAGCCACCUAAUACCAGGAACCCACCAGAGAGAUGUCCCCGUCCUCUGUAUUCCCGGGAUUCCACACAGGAAGGUCACACCAUCCCUCACUAUUACAAGAGUGGAGAUCCAAUCGAUAUAGAAUUUGAGGUGAAAGCAGAAGAAGAAGAGGCGUAUGUGAGGGAUGAUCAGCAGUCUAUGGAGGAGGAUGGAAUAACGGGGACAUUUAUAGAGGAGGACACUCCUACAGAGAUCAGCACAGUCCAUGGCCGGGAGAUGAGGAAAACCUCCGAGGAUUGUCUCACUUUGUCUCCAGACUGGAAAGAAAGUAGAAGAUGAGGACAUCACACAGUAUAGUCCAGGAGAAAACCCGGCUCCCUCCAAUGUCCAUCCGGCACCACCCAGUGUAGAUGGACCAUCGGAUUCCUCGUAUCCUGAGGAACCUCAGACUGUGCGGGACCGGGCCCGGCCUUCCAACAGAGAAGAGGUUUCCCUGUACUGAGUGCGGGAAGGGUUUCCAUUUUAAAUCCCAUCUUAACGUACAUAAAAGAUCUCACACAGGGGAAAAACCACAUUCCUGUCCAGAGUGUGGGAAAUGUUUCCAUUUUAAAUCGGGUCUUUAUGUGCAUAAAAGGACUCACAUAGGUGAGAAGCCAUAUUCCUGUCCUGAGUGCGGGAAAUGUUUUUCCCAGAUGUCCACUCUUUACAGACAUCAGAGAUCUCACAUGGGGGAGAAGCCAUAUUCCUGUCUUGAGUGCGGUAAAUGUUUUGCGCAGAAGUCCAAUCUUCAUCAUACAUCAGAGAUCUCACACGGGGGAGAAACCAUAUUCUUGUUAUGAGUGUGGAAAAUGUUUUGUACAAAAAUCAGAACUUGCCAGACAUCAGAGAACUCACACGGGGGAGAAGCCGUAUUCCUGUCCUGAUGUUGUGGGAAAUGUUUUUUCAAUUAAGUCAAAUCUUUACACACAUCAGAGAUCUCACACGGGGGAGAGAAGCCGUAUUUCUGUCCUGAGUGCGGGAAAUGUUUUUCACAGAAGACCAGUCUUUCCAGACAUCAGAGAUCUCACACAGAGGAGACGCAAAUUUCCUGUCCUGAGUGAGGGAAAUGUUCCUCACUGAAGUCCUGUCUUCCUGUACAUCAGGGGUCCCACACAA